AUAUUGAAAAAAUGUUAUAUACAUUGAUCUAUAAAACAACGAGGACAACUUUUAAAUAUUUGCAACUGCAAAGCAUUCGUGAAUGCACUACAAUUUCACAUGCAAACACACAACGACGUCGUGUUGUGGUUACAGGGGUCGGUCUCGUUUCACCCGUAGGAUGUACUGUAAAAUCGGCUUGGAGAAAUAUAUUAAAUGGAUUUUGUGGAGUAAAAAAACUCCAUGAUCGAGAAUAUGAUUCAUUGCCUUGCAAAAUAGCUGCAAAAAUCGACGAAGAAGAUCUAAAAUUACACGAACACUUCUCCAAAACCGAACUCCGAGCAAUUGCACCAGCAACGCAACUAGCAUUAAUCGCAGCAAAGCAAGCAUUGAAUAUGGCUAAGUGGGAGCCAAAAACUGAUCUUGACCGAACUGGCGUGGCUGUGGGAAUGGGAAUGGUAGAUUUGAGCAGUGUUUGUGAAACAUUUGAAGCAUUACAGAACAAAGGAUAUAGUCGUGUUAGUCCUCAUUUUGUUCCCAAAAUACUAGCGAAUAUGGCUGCCGGACAAAUCAGCAUAAAAUACGGGUUUCAAGGGCCAAAUCAUUCCGUAUCCACUGCCUGUGCUACCGGUGCUCAUGCUAUUGGAGAUUCAAUGCGAUUCAUUCGCAAUUCAGACGCUGAUGUUAUGGUUUGUGGCGGUACGGAGUCAAAUAUCACACCAUUAUCCAUUGCUGGAUUCUGUCGAAUACGAGCAUUGGCAUCGAACUAUAAUGACAAACCCCUGAAAGCGUCUAGACCAUUUGAUCGUGAUCGGAACGGCUUUGUAAUGGGUGAAGGUGCUGGAAUUCUCGUAUUAGAAGAACUAGAGCACGCAAAACGACGAAAUGCUACCAUUUUUGCAGAAAUCCUCGGAUAUGGUUUGUCUGCUGAUGCAUCUCAUAUAACAUCGCCACACCCCGAGGGCAGAGGUGCUCUUUUGGCGAUGAAAAAUGCUCUAAGAGAUGCUCAAAUUUCUGCAAAUGUAGUUGACUAUGUAAAUGCACAUGCAACGAGUACUCCAAUUGGAGAUGCAAUUGAGAUGAAUGCAAUUCAACAACUAUUCCAAGGAAAUGCGAAAAAUAUUCAUGUUUCGUCAACGAAAGGCCAUCAUGGUCACUUACUUGGGGCGGCUGGCAAUCUCGAAACAAUUUUCACUGUACUCGCAUGUAAAGAAGCCAAAAUCCCACCAACUCUAAAUCUCGAUAAUAUCCCAAACAAUUCUCAAUUUAUUAACUUUGUCCGCGAUAAGCCAAUGGAUUGGAAGCACAGCGAUGUAAACCAACCGCGAAUCGCAUUGAAGAAUGCAUUCGGGUUUGGUGGUACGAAUGCAUGUCUGUGCAUAUCCUCAUUUUCAGAUAUAUUAGAUAAUAAUUAGAGUUAUUGUUCGACUUAGAAUAAAAAUGUUCAAAUAAA